AUUUAAUUUCUCAACCUCUCAUAAAUAUCCCCUUCACUCUCUCCGUUUCCCGCUCCAACCUCAAUCACUCAACCAUCUCUAAAACAUAAACCCUACCCAAACGAAUUCAAAUUUCUAGGGUUUUAUUUCACAAUUUUGAUUCUUAACACAUGCAGUUAGGUUUAUUAGGGAGUUUCUCUUUCUCUUAUUCACUCUACUUGGCUUCUUGUACGCCAGCUAAAGUACAGCCAGUAAUGGCGGCUACUAGUGCUCUUUCCCUUACUCCCUACACUUUCUCCUGCAAUCCAAGGCAUAGAAAACGUUCAAUUUUUUGCUCUAUUGGCUCUCCUAACACUAUAGGUACACAUGGAUCUAAAGUUCCAAGUAAAAGAUCAGGAAGAACUGAAGGGGCUAGAAAAAGUAUGGAAGAUUCUGUUCAACGCAAGAUGGAACAGUUUUAUGAAGGGUCUAAUGGCCCACCGCUCCGUGUUCUUCCAAUUGGUGGUCUUGGUGAAAUUGGGAUGAACUGCAUGCUUGUGGGGAACUAUGAUCGCUAUAUUCUAAUUGAUGCAGGUGUCAUGUUUCCAGACUAUGAUGAGCUUGGCGUCCAAAAGAUUAUACCUGAUACCACAUUUAUCAAAAGAUGGAGCCACAAAAUUGAAGCAGUUAUCAUAACUCAUGGCCAUGAAGAUCACAUUGGUGCGUUGCCCUGGGUGAUCCCAGCUUUGGAUUCACAUACACCGAUAUAUGCAUCUUCAUUCACAAUGGAGCUUAUCAGAAAGCGUUUGAAGGAGAAUGGGAUUUUUGUUCCAUCUAGACUUAAAGUGUUUAAAACAAGGAGAAGAUUUACGGCCGGCCCAUUUGAAAUAGAGCCUAUCAGAGUGACACAUUCUAUUCCUGAUUGUUGUGGAUUAGUUCUUCGCUGUGCUGAUGGUACAAUUCUUCAUACUGGGGAUUGGAAGAUUGAUGAAUCACCACUGGAUGGGAAAGUUUUUGACCGUGAAGCUUUAGAGCAACUCUCGAAAGAAGGAGUGACACUGAUGAUGAGUGAUUCAACAAAUGUACUGUCACCUGGAAGGACAACUAGUGAAAGUGUUGUAAGGGAUGCAUUAUUGAAGCAUAUUUCAGCUGCUAAAGGAAGGGUUAUUACUACCCAGUUUGCAUCAAAUAUACACCGCCUUGGAAGCGUUAAAUCUGCUGCUGAUUUAACUGGUAGAAAGCUAGUAUUUGUUGGCAUGUCCCUUAGGACAUAUCUGGAUGCUGCUUGGAAGGAUGGAAAGGCACCAAUUGAUCCGUCAACUCUGGUGAAAGUGGAAGAUAUUGAUAGCUUUGCUCCGAAAGAUUUGCUGAUUGUUACAACUGGUUCACAAGCAGAACCACGUGCUGCCCUCAAUCUUGCGUCCUAUGGAGGAAGUCAUUCCCUUAAACUGACCAAGGAAGAUAUUAUUUUGUAUUCAGCUAAGGUGAUCCCUGGUAAUGAAUCUCGUGUAAUGAAAAUGCUAAAUCGCAUAUCCGAGAUUGGAUCAACUAUAGUAAUGGGUCGGAAUGAAGGGCUACAUACAUCUGGCCAUGGUUAUCGUGGUGAACUUGAGGAAGUUCUUAAAAUAGUAAAGCCACAACAUUUUUUACCCAUACAUGGAGAACUGUUGUUUCUAAAAGAGCAUGAACUCCUUGGGAGAUCAACUGGCAUUCGACAUAGUACAGUUAUAAAGAAUGGAGAGAUGCUUGGUGUUUCUCACUUGAGGAAUAGAAGAGUACUUUCUAACGGUUUUAUUUCUCUUGGGAAGGAGAAUUUGCAGUUGAUGUAUAGUGAUGGUGAUAAAGCAUUUGGCACAUCUACCGAACUCUGCAUUGAUGAGAGACUAAGAAUUGCUACAGAUGGUGUUAUUGUGGUCAGCAUGGAAGUUUUACGUCCUCAAGAGAGUCUAAAUGAAUAUAGCUUGAAAGGAAAAAUAAGACUUACUACACGUUGCCUGUGGCUUGACAAAGGGAAGCUUUUAGAUGCAAUGUACAAAGCUGCACAUGCUGCACUUUCAAGCUGCCCAGUUAGGUGUCCUUUAGCCCACAUGGAAAAAACUGUCUCUGAGGUGUUGAGGAAGAUGGUGAGGAAGUACAGUGGUAAAAGACCUGAAGUCAUUGCCAUUGCUGUAGAAAAUCCAACUGGAGUUAUCUCAGACGAGCUCAAUGCAAGGCUAUCUGGCAAUUCUCAUGUUGGUUUUGGUCUACCAACAUUGAGAAAAGUGGUUGAUGCUCCAAAAAGAAGUCCUUUCAAUAAUAGUCAAGCAGAAGGCGGCAAUGCACAGCACCUAAAUUUUGAAGCCAAUCGUAGUGAAGUUGAAGAUCUACUUCCAGAGGAAAACACCACUAUUUCAAGUUCCAACUUUAUUGAAAGACUUCCUUCUGAUUCCGAGAAUUCAGAUGAUUUCUGGAAACCAUUCACCACAUCAUCUUCACCAAUUGACAAUUUGGUAAAAGACGGUGGUUUGGUUCCACAAGAGGAGCAGAUAUUAGGGCUUGAAAAAGGUGAUUCUCAAGGCAGUGAAGAUGAAUCCUCAGAGAAGCCAAGUUCCCAGCGGAAGUCUUCCAAGACGUUGAAACGGAACAAAUGGAAACCUGAGGAGGUGAAGAAACUCAUUAAAAUGCGUGGGGAAUUGCGUAGUAGAUUUCAAGUUGUGAAGGGGAGAAUGGCACUCUGGAAAGAAAUAUCAACACAUUUAAUGAAUGAGGGGUUUAAUCGCACACCUGGCCAAUGCAAAUCCCUAUGGGCAUCUCUGCUACAGAAAUACGAGGAAAGCAAGAGUGAGAAGAAAAGCCAAAAGAGUUGGCCAUUCUUUGAAGACAUGAAUAAAAUUUUAUCAGACUCUGAGCUGAUGAAAACAGAAUGAUUGAAGAUGGAGGAUAAGAACAAUGUGAACUGAAUUAUUUAUCUUAAAAGUUUGGCUUGGCCACAUUGUUUGUAUCACAGGUUCAGCUUGUAGAAGCAGUGUAGUAAAGUUGGAAGAAUGAUAAAGGAGAAAUGGAUUAGUUUCAAAAUUCAAAGCCAGAGAGGCCUGCCUGUGAAUUGGGUAACCCUCCCCAUAUACACGCAAUGACAGACGAGGUUGAUUAAGUUUUGUAGUUAUAGAACCUUUAUGUAAAUUGGUUUCUCUCUCUAUCCUA